AUGGCGCCCAAAACUACUACCAAGGACAAGGAGAAAUCCGAGAAGGUGUCGUCGUCAAAGUCUAGCUCCAGAAGGGAGAGGGAGAGAGACAGAGACAGGGCCACUCCCGCGGCCUACGAGCAUCCCGAUGCCAGCCAUGCAAAGAAAAAGCGGCCAAGUGCAUAUAGCAUUAAGCCCAUAUCGGCCUUUUACCUCUUUUUCAGCGCCAGCAUGAUUGCGGCCCUGUUUGCGCCAAUUCAGGAUUGUGACGAGACGUUCAAUUACUGGGAGCCGGCACAUUAUCUCUCACAUGGCUAUGGCCUGCAGACCUGGGAGUACUCACCAGACUAUGCCAUCCGAAGCUGGCUUUACAUAGCACUUCAUGCCGUUGUGGGCAAUGUCCGCAGAAUACUACCCCAGUCUACCAAGGUUUCCGAAUUUUACUUCAUUCGCUAUGGUCUGGCCCUCCUUUGUGCUAUUUGCCAGACCAUCCUCUACCAAGGCAUCAGCCUAGCUCUCAAUGCUAGAAUUGGCGUCGUCUUCCUUGUCGCCACCAUCCUGAGUCCAGGAAACUUCCAUGCGAGCGCAGCUUUCUUGCCUUCCAGCUUUGCCAUGUACAUGGGAAUGCUAGGCGCUGCAUCAUUCAUGAACUGGCGGGGUGGUCUAAAGACAUGGCAAGGCAUAACUUGGUUCGCCGUGGCUGGCGUUCUUGGCUGGCCCUUUGCUGCCGCCCUCUCUGCGCCGUAUCUCCUUGAAGAGCUCAUUCUGGUCCUGUUCAGCGACAGAACCUCUUUUAUCGAAGCUCUUAUCCGACUCAUCCGUGGUGUCAUCGCUGGUCUUCUGGUUUUGUUUUCCGACUUUCUCAUCAACCUGUUCUUUUACAAGAAGUCGGUGGUUGUCUCGUGGAACAUUGUCAAAUACAACAUCUUCUCCAAAACUGGUGGCCCUGAUCUUUACGGAACUGAGCCCUGGACCUUUUAUUUCAAGAAUCUGGCGUUGAACUUCAACAAGACCUUCUCCAGGACCUCACAGAACCUAUCCAGCGGGCUACGUACUGUUGUUUUCGUCGCGCCCUUUUACAUGUGGCUAGGAAUCUUCACCGCGCAGCCACACAAGGAAGAGAGAUUCAUGUAUCCGGCCUACCCCUUCCUCGCCCUCAACGCCGCGAUAUCGGUGCACAUUAUCCUGUAUACUCUUGGAUCUUCAAAUACCACGACGUUGAUUGGAAAGAUCUCAGGCCGUCUCAAGCUUCUCGUUGUCGGCCUUGUUCUCCUCCUCUCCGUCAACGUCAGCGUUGCACGCAUCUACGGCAUAUACUCUGCGUAUUCGGCCCCUCUGAAGAUCUAUACUCCGCUUUGGGGAGAUGGAUCGGGGAAUACGUUUGGAGCAGAAGAAGACAAUAUCUGCUUCGGAAAAGAAUGGUAUCGCUUCCCAACAUCCUACUUCCUCCCGCGUAAUAUGCAUGCCAAAUUCCUGCGUUCCGAGUUCCGUGGCCUGUUGCCUGGCGAGUUUUCUGAAGCUGGUACUGGCUUCGGCUUCUGGAGCGGCACUUGGCUGCCAACAAAGGGUCUGAAUGACCGUAACGAAGAAGAUGCGGGCAAGUACGUCGAGCCUCGCAUGUGCUCUUUCCUCGUGGAUACCCAAUAUCCCCUCAGGGGAAAGAAAUCGGUGUCCCGCAGAGAGCCAGAUUACAUUGCAGACAAGAACCACUGGGAGGUCGUCAAGUGUGUCGAGUUUCUCGACGCCGCCAACACGCAUCUCUUGGCACGGACGCUGUGGAUUCCCGAAAUCGACGCCGUCCCCGAAAAGUACAGACGAAAGUGGGGAAGACACUGUCUUCUCCAGCGCAAGAAGAGGUCCGCUAGCAUGUGGAUGUCUCCUGGCCAGAUGAUGAUGGGCUAA